AUGGCAUUUGAAAUUCAAAGACAGGAAUUGUAUGGUGUAAUAAGGGAAUUGUCUGAAACUGUUCAAGUGCGGAAUGACCUGCGUAACCUUGCGGACACCUGUGUUCAUCUAUCGCAAUUCACACAAGCCAUCAUGAACCAGCCGCUUGCCGAACUGGCAAGGCCUGGUCUGCAAAGUCUCCAGAAAGCCGUCUCAACGCAAGUUAACUACAUUAUAGAGAGAACUUUGACUGCAGCUGGGCGUAAUCUGUGCAUUCAUCUCCUUCAUCGUAUCCUCCAUGACAUUCAUUCGGUAAGACAGCGGGUUGGUGAUGUUCUCUAUGUGUUGCCAUUUGCCAUUCAUUGGGGAGUCAAUCUAGGUUUCACAGUGAAUGAAGCAGUCAAUUGUAGUUCUAAGUCAUGGCUCCGUUCAGGAUUAAUUUCUAGGCCAAUGUGUCGAUGCCCUACAGUGCCACAGAGCAUGCAAACAGUGAAACUUGAUGGCGUGUUGGUCGCAGCUGGAGCAACACCACAAAUGAUUGAAAGAUGGAUGUAUGGCCAGCACUUGGAAGUCAUGGCAACGCUUGAUGUAAGAAAUCCCUACAGUGGCAAACAAGGAGCAUGCCCAGUUGAUAUUACUCUUUUACUUGGGAAGGAUCAAAAAGACUACGAUCUGGAUUGUAAGGAGUUGACAUCUAUUAUGGCCCCAUUUGCAGGGCACCAGAGGGGUGAAUAUAUAGGUGGCUUAGUGUGCUUGGAUGAUGAUGAUGAUGAAUUGAAGGAAAAUGAUAUUUGUAAUGAAGAUGAGGAACAGGACAUGAGACAUGAGACUGACCAGCUUAGUAGCAGGCUGGACUACAAAUGCCCAUUCCCCUGCAAAUGCCUCUGUGAAUGCACUUGUGAGUGUGGGUAUGCUGCAAAAACCCAGGGACAACCUGGCUUGACAGCACUCACAUCACAUAUUCAUGUUAAUCAUAAACAACACCCCCAGUAUCAUACCAUACUUCAAGAGGUGAUUAAGAAAUACGACAAAACAUUAAGAGAAGGGAACUAUUUAGUUUGUGAAUUGUGUCAUGAACGAGUGGCACAGAAUGGGAAGUCAGACUUUAACUUGAAGCGGCAUCAGGCUUCUUCAAAGUGCCAAAGGAAAAGAGGUCAGGGUCCACUGCAACCUUCGACAUCAAAACAAAAAGGUCAGAAGAGAAAAUUUGACACAGACUAGUAUGUGUAUCUUUUCAUUUCAU